GCGCCAAUGGCACCGUCAGGUUGCCAGAGUGGCGAAGAAAGCGGGGGGGCUACUGCUGCUGCUGCUGCUGCUGCCCCCUUCCAUCGAACCGAAGGCCGUCGGACCAUGCUAAGCGCAGUGUGCCCAGGCGUACCCCUUAUCUCCCGAGAUGGCGUAGUAGUUGAGCACGUCCGUUCUUACUUUGCAUCAAGUCGUCGAAACCUUGCUGGCUUCAGCGUUCCAUCGAGUGAAUCAUGCAUGCACACGUUAAUGCCCCGCCACAAACUCCAUCAACGGCCACUUGUCUCUUGGCCCGACAAGAAUGUUGACGGCCACCGCGGGUGCCUCCAAGCCAUCUUCAGAUCCUUCUCCUUCAUGUGGAAACAAGUCGAGACCCCAUGCCUGGCGCACUCGGGCGCUCGCUGAACGCAUGGCGUGCCUUGGCAGGUUUAACAAGGCAGUUGACAUGCCAUCCCCCUCCACUUGCCACGGACCAAGAGACAUGGCAACUUCAAUGUCGCCACGUCCCAAAUGGCACUUUGCCCUCUCGACAGAUGAAGCACGACGCGGAUAUCCCCCGUUGAACGUCAAGCAUGCGGCUGCGUGCGUCGGUCGACCACCGAUCCGUGGAGACGGUCACACUUGAAAAGCACCCAUGAAGAUGAAGUUUCCCCUGCCGGUCGACUUUUUCCAGUGCCCGCCGCUCGCCCAGGAAGAAAUCGACCAGUUCAAGGCGCAGGGGCGACACAGCGUCAAGCAACUCGUCCAGACGGCCGUGCUGCGGGGCGGCCCCAUCUCAUGGGUUCUCUUGUCUGACGAGACCGAGCUCAAGAUUUACAAGGCCCAUGACAAGCUGCGCAACUUGUCCAUGUACAUUUCGCGGUCAACGGUCGUGGGGACGCUGGACGAAGUCGUCGAUGUGUUUCAAACCCAUACGACGGAACUCAUCAAGGAAGCGAAGCGGCGCGUUGGCAAAGACCUCCUGGACGUCGCGACGCUCUACGACUUCAAUCCGCCCCACGAGACGAGCACCAUCAACAACGUCGCCAUCAUCUACGCCGCGCAAAAGGGGCCGCCAUUUGUCGCAUCGCGCGACUCGGUCUUGCUCGAGUGCCGGUCCCCGUUCCAAGGAGACAGUGGCCGACGAGGGUGGUGCCGCAGUCUCAUUUCUGUUGAAGUCGACGGGUGCCCUCCAUUUCCGGGCAUGGUGCGCGUCCACCAAUAUGGAUCCGGCCACCACUUUCUCGAGUCGACACGUCGUGGGUACGUCGAGCUCAGCUACAUCAGCCACGUCGAUUUUGGCGCGAAAGUUCCUGUCUGGAUCGAAAAUCUCGCCAACAAGAAGCGAUGCCGAAACCUCAUCACGAUCGACAAGUGCCUGCGAGAGAAUCGUCUGCGCCAGGGCCAGUUCUUGACCAAAGUCCCGAUGUUGCCAGGGUCGUCGCUGGAUGCCGUCCGAUACUGCUUCCUGUGCACAAAGCCAUUUGGCAUGUUUCGGCAACAGUCGUUUUGCUGCAAGUGCGGCCAAGUUUUGUGCUUGGGAUGUAACCUGCCGUGGCAACUCAACAUCAACGGCAUGUUUGUCGCCAUUCGAGCGUGCCUAAAAUGCGCACAGCGACCGACGACUAACCAUGCGAUGCUCCCUCCCCCCAGCCAGUACGACAUCAGCCCCUAGAUAACGUCGUUUGCAGUGCCUUUAUAAAUCGUUCCGUCGACGUUG